UCACAAAAAUUAGAAUUUAAAGCGAUUUAAAAAUGUGGUGAAGACGUAAAGGAAAUAUUUCUAUGUAUUUUUAUCUACAAAUGGUAAUUGUAGUUACUAGACAAUUCAUCACUCAUGUCUUCUCAUGAUAUUAUGAAAUUACGACUUUGUAAACUUAAAACCGAAUGAAGAUAAAAUAAAAUUGCAUUUGUAUCCUGUGCAGUAAUGAGCAAAUCAAGAACGAAGUUGCAUAAGUUGAAGAACAACUCUCUUGCAGAUGUAACCAUUAAUGACUUUGCUAAUUCGGUUAAACCUGUGUACAGGCCAAAGAAGUUAGUCAGUAAUGUGAUUUCUGUGCUUCACACAAUAGAAAAAGAGAAGUCAUGGGACGAAAAGGAAGAAUAUGACAGCAAUUUUGAUUUUAUUAGCCAGGAAAAUGAAGAUGGGACUUUCUCUUUGGUUGCAAAAGCAAGAACUAAUAGCACAAGCGAUAAUAAAAAUAUGAAAGAGAAUACAGGUCACGUUUAUCCUUUGGACUUAUGGUUUUUAUUGUCAGAAUAUAUUAGACCAGAAGAUAUAUCAGUUUUUGCAGCAGUUUGUAGACAUUCUUAUGAAGUUGUGAAAACAGUUGCCUUUUGGAGAAGACUUUAUGAUAGAUUUUGUAAAAAUGCUAAAAACUUACCUAAAGUUUAUCAGCCAGACAGCAUCAAUCGUGUUUAUGGACUAAAACCAACUGUGAUUCGAGCCCUUUAUUGUGUAUAUCCACCAUUUGUAUCAAGGUUAUUGUAUCUUAAUGGUAUUACAAAAAACGAUCCAAAUCUUUUGAAACAUAAGCAGUGCAUACUUCAGUGGCAUGAAAAGAAGAAAAAGGAUUGGUUUUACUACUUUAAAUUAAAGGACUUCAUAAAACCACCUCAUUGUAGUCAGGGAACUUAUAACCAUUUGAAUUUGAUUAAAGUGUUGGGUGAUAUAUCUGCUAAUCCAGAUGAAAAUUGUACUGUACUACAAGUAAGAAGUACCAAUUUUGUUGCAAUUCCAAUUGUGUUAGGACUGACCUUAACAUCAGUUAGUCAACCAUUAAGCAAGGGUUAUUGCCAUCACUCAUUGCAUUUAGGCUUUGGUUCUGCAAUCAGAAGUACUACUCACAAUCUUCAAACUGAAAAUACUUGUGUUAUAGAUCCAGUUAUUGAUUUAAAAAUUUUGAAUUGGUGGCAUCCUCUUUACCCCCAAAGUGGUAAAAUUCAAAUAAUGCCUUGUGAAGAAGAGUCAUGAUUGGUUCCAUGCUUUUUCUAAAUAAUAAAAAUUAGAUAUUGUUGUUUAAUGUAUUAUAAAGAAAU